ACCAGUGAACUUGAGGACCUUCUGGAGGACCUGCAGAGCGGCGGCCAGCAGCAGCUGUUUGGAGCCCAGCCACCAGCUAGAGGACCACCCUCCUCUUCGUCCUCCUCUUCCUCCGUGCCCCCCGGUUCCUCUGUGGAUAAACAAACCAUCAUCAGCGAUAUCCUACACAUGAGCAACAACAACAGCGGCGGCGGAAGCGGCAACAGCAGCCCCCCCAGCCAGCACAGAGCCUUCCCCCCCAUUUGCCCAGCAAGUUUCAGUGGAGCCAGGCCGGGCCAGCCGGGUCGAGGUGCCCCUCCUGUCAGGAGCAUGUCCCUGGACGGCAGUAUGGGCUCCAACCCCAACACCGCCAGGCCUUUCCCUCCUCAUCACAGGAACAUCAGCCCCUACUCCUUACUGCAGCAUCAACAACAGCAAGGCAUGAUGGGAAGUCAUGCAGGCAUGGCCAACCAAGCUACAAUGGCCAACUCAGGCAUGCUGACUAAUGGGUCAAUGCGAGGCUCCAUGCAGCAGAGCUGGGGUCCCCAGGGGCCAAUGGGGGGUCCUGCGGGGCAGAUGAUGGGCCAGGGGAUCGGACCUGGUCGCAUGGUGCCCAGCAUGAACACUGGGCUCCCCACGAGAGGCCCGCCUGGAUCCAGAGCUAUGGUGAACAUUCAGAUGAUGGGAAAUGAGAUGGAGAUGGCAAACCCUGUCUACCCUCAGCAGCAAGCCCCGCCCAACCAGACUGCACCAUGGCCAGACCGAAUGAUGAUGGAUCACUAUGGAAACCAAAGCAGGCCACCGUACGGCGUUCCACAGGCGGAUGGGAUGGGGUGUUGCACCAUGGGGCCCGAGGGCCAGCCAGACGAAGGGGCCCUGCUGAACCAGCUGUGCUCGGUGCUAAAGGACUAUGAGGGUCUAGAGGAGAUUGACAAGAUGCUGGGAAUCCCAACGCUGGCCAGACAGGCUCCUCUGUCGGACCAGGACCAGUACCUGAGCUCCUCAGACCCAGCAGCCAGCAUGAAGCCUCCCCAGUACAGCCAACACUACGGCGGGCAGCCAGGUUAUGGCGGCAUUCCAUCUGAUGGUGGGUUCCACGGACCCUCUAUGGUUGGCCACAUGGGGCCACAAAGGAUGCCCCCUGCUGGUUACCCCCCAAUGAUGAGGAUGCCUGGGGGUGUGGGGCCCAGGUCGGCAGGAAUGAGGCCAGGGGCUCCCAGUGCCGUGGUGCCACCUCAGCCCAACAACCUGAGGCUCCAGCUGCAGCACAGACUCCAGGCCCAACUGAACCGUCAGCCAGUGGUGAACCAGAUGAGUGGGGUCUCCAACAUGAAUCUACCUCUAAGGUCUAAUGUACCAAACCAGGGAACCCUCAACGCCCAGAUGCUGGCCCAGCGUCAGCGCGAGUACCUCAGCAACCACCUACGCCAACGCCAACAGCAGCAGCAGCAGCAGCAACAACAACACAUGCACCACCAGCGUGCCAUGAUGAUGCGGACUCAGGGCAUCAACAUGCCACCCAACAUGCCCAGCGGGGGCGCCGCGCCCACGCCGAUGCCCGUCGGUGGCACCAACCCGCGUCUCCCGCAGGGCAACCCGCAGCAGUUCCCCUACCCGGCCUCCAGCUACGGUACUGGCCUGCCCUCUCCUCCUCCACCUCCUCAUCCCGGCUCCUCCAGCCCCUUCUCCUCCUCUCUCUCCCCCAGCCGUCACCUGACUAGCCAGGGCAUGAUGGGAAAUGUAGGCGCGCAGUACGGCGGGGUAAUGAGUCCGCCGUCUCAGCACAGUGCCUUCCAGUUCAGCAGUUCAGGAAUGAGCCAACAACAACAGCAGCACCAGGAUCCAGUGUCAGGCUUCUCAUGUGGGGCUGCAACCCCUCAGAGCCCCCUGUUGUCCCCCAGGAUGGGGCAGGGUCAGAGCCCCAUGCUGCUGCAGAGUCAGGGCCAACCCCAACCCCAACCCCAGGGCCCGAACCAGGGAGGACCCCCCAGCUACCAGACCAGCACAGACCUCAACAGGUGGCCCCAACCUGCCAACAUCUCCACAAGCAACAGUGUGUACCCGCAACAGUCCCAGUCCCAGUACUCCACGCAACCCAACGCAGGAAUGUACAACGGCAGCAACAACAUGAACACGGGCGUCAUGGCCGGCAACGGUGGCAACUUGAGCCAGAUGUCAGGACAGAUGAGCUCUAUGACCCCCAUGAGCGCAGAGCAGGUGAGUGACAGCAGCCUGAUCUUGGAGCAGCUGGUGGGAAUUGAAAUGCGGACACAAGAUGAUGACGCCAAUUCUAAUUUUUGCUGACCCCUGCUGUGGCUGAGACAAGGCGACGGUCAGACACACGGACGCCGGCUUCAGCUCAGCUCACGAAGAAACAGCGAGUUGGAUGGAAACACUCUGCUCCCUCUCUCACACAUGAUGGACAGUCACAUGAUGACGAGCGAGACAUGUAAAACCCUCUGAACUGCACCCACUUCACUUUGGCUCGUUCAGAUAAUCAGACAAAUUAGAGAAUCUGCCAUCUGAGCCGUCCUAACAGCAAAUACACCAACUGAAGAACCACAGGAAAGUGUCACAGCGCAUUCAGAUUUAAAGAUUUCUCCCUAACUUAUAAGAUAAUUCUCACGUGAAAGUUUAAUUCUACAUAAUCUGCAUUUCCCUCAGAUUUAUUUUCAUCCGUAUAAAAUUAUAACAGAUUAUAGAGACAGAUAUGGAGGCUUUUAAUUUGAAACUCUCAGAGGAAGUGAUUUCACUGGAAACUAAAACCUCUACACACAUUCUGAAUUGUUGACACAGUAAAAAAAGAUGUUGAUCAAAUGGUCACCAGGUACACGUGAACUUACUCCCAUUAAAUUUAAAUCCCCUUAAGUAGUUGAAGUAUUCAUCAGGAUAUGUGUUUCCCUUAAAUCCAGCCCGAUGUUUCAUUUUGGAUUUGGAUUAAACUAAAAACAGAAAAUCCAUUAUUAUCUUUACUAACUUCUUCAGAUUAAGUUAACGUCAACUGAACACUGGGUUUUAUUAAGAAACGUUUAAUAGUCUUUUUAAAAUAAAAAGAAACACUGAAAUACAAACACAGACAGGUUUUGCUGAUAGCAUGUGCUCUGAUCAGAUGAAUGUAUUCCUAAACUUUUACCUGUGGUUCUCUCAAGUCUCUGAAGGUGUGUGUGUGUGUGUGUGUGUGUGUGUGUGUGUGUGUGUGUGUG